UAAAGUCUCCCUAAGAGAAAUUUAUGAUUGAGUAGGUGAGUGGUGGAAGCAAAGAAGUUUACGAAGGUAGGGGCUGUGGGUAGUCUCGAAUGGCAGUGCAAAGGGUUUUGGAGUCAGAAGUGGUGAGAAUUGUGGAGAAAUGCAGCACUCUUAAUCAUGCGAAACAAGUUCACGCCCAUAUCUACGGUAACAACCUCCACCAAUGUUCCUACGUAAUCACCAAGCUCUUACGCCUCGUCACCUCGCUCACCCAUGUGCCGCUCGACUCCUACCCUCGCCUUAUCUUCGCACAGGUCCACACCCCAAACCCCUUUCUCUGGACUGCUCUCAUUCGCGCCUACGCCGUCCGAGGACCCCUCUCCCAAGCCCUUAGCCUCUUCUGCUCCAUGCGCGAACGACACAUCACUCCCCUCUCGUUUACCUUCGUAGCUCUCUUUUCCGCUUCCGGUGCCGCUCGCCACAUCGGUUUGGGAGCGCAGCUCCACACCCAGACACUCUUGGUUGGUGGGUUCGAUUCUGAUAUGUAUGUCCACAACGCUAUGAUUGAUAUGUACGUGAAAUGUGGGUUUACGCGAUGCGCACGCAAGGUGUUCGAUGAAAUGCCUGAACGGGAUGUCGUUUCUUGGACCGGGCUGAUUGUUGCUUACGCGAAGAGGGCCGAUAUGAAGGCUGCGCAGGACUUAUUUGAUGGGUUGCCUGUGAAGGAUAUGGUUGCUUGGACUGCGAUGGUUACUGGGUAUGCGCAGAAUGCCUUGCCGGAAAAUGCGGUGGAGGUUUUCCAGCGGUUGGUAGACGAGGGUGUCGAGAUUGACGAAGUUACCUUGGUUGGUGUUAUAUCUGCUUGUGCUCAAUUGGGUGCGUCUGUUUAUGCUAAGUGGAUAAGGGACAUUGCUGAGAGUUCUGGAUUUGGGGAUGGAAGUAGUGUCCUUGUGGGGUCAGCCUUGAUAGACAUGUACUCAAAAUGUGGUAAUGUGGAGGAGGCAUAUAAUAUCUUUAAAGGAAUGAGGGAGAGAAAUGUGUUUUCUUACAGUUCUAUGAUUGUGGGGUUUGCUAUACAUGGUCAAGUUCAUGCAGCGAUUAAGUUGUUUUAUGACAUGUUGGAGACUGAUGUGAAACCAAACUGUGUAACUUUUGUAGGGGUGCUUACUGCGUGCAGUCAUGCUGGCUUGGUAGACCUAGGGCAGCAACUCUUUGCUACUAUGGAAAAGUAUUAUGGUGUUGCUCCAACCCCACAGCUUUAUGCAUGCAUGGCGGAUCUUCUUGGUCGAGCUGGAUACUUGGAAAAGGUAAUACGGCUUGUUGAGACAAUGUCUAUGAAGCCUGAUGGAGCUGUGUGGGGGGCGCUUCUUGGAGCAUCAUACGUUCAUGGGAAUCCUGAUGUUGCGGAAAUUGCUUUCAAGCAUUUAUUUGAGCUUGAACCUGAUAACAUGGGAAAAUAUUUGUUGCUUUCUAAUACCUAUGCAUCUGUUGGAAGAUGGGAUGAUGUGUCUAGGGUCAGGAAAUGGAUCAGAGAGUAAAAUUUGAAAAAAGAUCCAGGAUGGAGCUGGGUUGAAGCAAAAAAUGGAAUGAUUCACAAGUUCGCUGCUGGUGACUUGAAACAUCCACAAAUUAAUGAGAUAAAGAAGGAAUUAAAUGAACUUUUGAAACGACUAAAGGGUAUUGGAUAUCAGCCAAAUCUAAGUUCGGUGCUGUAUGAUGUUAAUGAUGAUGAAAAAAGGCUGUUACUAAUGUCUCACAGCGAAAAACUAGCGUUGGCAUUUGGAUUGCUGAGUACUGAUGCCGGUUCCACCAUAAAAAUUAUGAAGAACCUUAGUAUAUGUAAGGAUUGUCAUAUUGUAAUGUGUGGAGUAUCAAGACUUACUGGAAGAAAAAUUGUUGUGAGGGAUAACACGAGAUUCCACCACUUCUUUAAUGGGGCCUGCUCUUGUAGAAAUUUUUGGUGACAGAGGCUAGUGCCAUAUGCGGGUGAAUAUUGACGCAUAGGUGUUGGAAGGAUAACAUAGUGACCUUCUCUCAUUUUUGGUAAACUAGAGGUUGAAUUCAUCAUUGAGGAGUGUUAAAAAUGAAGAGGGAAGGCAGGUGAUUCACGUGAAGGUAAUAGGAGAGGCUAGCCAUUUAUCAGGUUAUUCUUUCUCUGCCCAAAACAACAUUAUCCAUCCUUCUGCAGAGCUUGGGGCAAAAACAACUGUUGGACCACAUUGUAUGUUGGGGGAAGGUUCACAAAUGGGUGACAAAUGCAGUGUGAACCGGUCUGUCAUUGGCCGUCAUUGUCGGAUAGGUGCCAAUGUUAAGGUGGGAUGAUAUAUUAUUCUUACAAGUUAGCAGGAGGUUACAUUUUGGUCUUCUGAUUUAUCUGUGGCAUAUGGACUCCAACCCACAAUGAGUGAUCAGCAACACUGUCUAGCAUAUUCCUAAUGA